GACUGUUGUGAAAAUGGCGACGUCUCGUCGCUCUUCCCAGCAGCAGCAGCAACAGCAGCAGAGCCUCUCCUCCCCUCCGCGGAACACCUCUCUGUCCCUAACUCCCCCGGGUUCUCCCUCGGUGCCAGUGGGUGCAGCGAUUUCGGCUCCGGCUGGAGCUGAGCAGGAUAGCAACGGGGAUCCGGAGGUAACUCCGGCCUCCCCCGAUCUCCCUGCUGCGGCCCUCAGCGCCAGCAGCAGUACCAGCUCGACCUCAACCGGCGGGGGCAGCAGCGGCGGCACCAGCCCGGACUCGGGCAGCACCAGCCCGGUGGGCAGCGGUUGCGGGGCUUUUAGGGAGUUGUUUGAGGCCUGUCGCAAUGGAGACGUGUCCCGGGUGAAGAGGCUGGUGGAUUCGGUGAAUGUGAAUGCCAAGGACAUGGCUGGGCGCAAAUCAACCCCGCUGCAUUUCGCCGCAGGGUUUGGAAGGAAGGAUGUUGUGGAGCACCUCCUGCAGACAGGUGCCAAUGUACACGCCCGCGAUGAUGGCGGCCUCAUCCCGCUGCACAACGCCUGCUCCUUCGGCCACGCCGAGGUGGUCAGUCUGCUCCUGUGCCAGGGCGCCGACCCAAACGCCCGUGACAACUGGAACUACACCCCACUGCACGAGGCUGCCAUUAAGGGCAAAAUCGAUGUUUGCAUCGUGCUGCUCCAGCAUGGGGCCGACCCCAACAUCCGCAACACCGACGGCAAGUCCGCCCUGGACCUGGCUGACCCCUCCGCCAAGGCCGUCCUCACCGGUGAAUACAAGAAGGACGAACUCCUGGAAGCGGCGAGGAGCGGGAAUGAAGAGAAGCUCAUGGCCCUGCUCACCCCGUUGAACGUCAACUGCCACGCCAGCGACGGUCGCAAGUCGACAUCCCAAAAAAUGCUGUCCACCCCACUCCAUCUGGCAGCAGGUUAUAAUCGGGUCCGAAUUGUUCAGCUCUUGCUUCAACAUGGCGCUGAUGUUCACGCUAAGGACAAAGGUGGCCUUGUCCCCCUUCACAACGCCUGUUCGUAUGGCCACUACGAGGUCACGGAGCUGCUGCUCAAGCACGGCGCCUGCGUCAACGCCAUGGACCUGUGGCAGUUCACGCCGCUGCACGAGGCCGCGUCCAAGAACCGCGUGGAGGUGUGCUCCCUGCUGCUGAGCCACGGCGCCGACCCCACGCUCGUCAACUGCCACGGCAAGAGCGCCGUCGACAUGGCGCCCACCCCGGAGCUCAAGGAGCGGCUCACCUACGAGUUUAAGGGUCACUCCCUGCUCCAGGCGGCGCGGGAGGCGGACAUGGCGAAGGUGAAGAAAACCCUCGCUCUGGAGAUCAUCAACUUCAAACACCCCCAGACCCACGAGACAGCACUGCACUGUGCAGUGGCCUCCCCACACCCCAAACGCAAGCAGGUGACGGAGCUGUUACUACGCAAAGGGGCCAAUGUCAAUGAGAAGAACAAAGACUUCAUGACCCCUCUUCACGUUGCCGCAGAGAGGGCGCACAAUGACAUCAUGGAGGUCCUGCAGAAGCACGGGGCAAAGAUGAACGCCCUGGACACCCUGGGUCAGACAGCACUGCACCGGGCCGCUCUGGCUGGGCACCUACAGACCUGCAGGCUGCUGCUGAGCUACGGGGCCGACCCGUCAAUCAUCUCCCUGCAGGGCUUCACCGCCGCACAGAUGGGCAAUGAGGCCGUGCAGCAGAUCCUUAAUGAAAACAUUCCCGUGAGGAACUCGGAUGUAGACUACAGGCUUCUGGAAGCAGCUAAAGCUGGAGACCUGGACACUGUGAAGCAACUCUGCUCCCCCCAGAACGUGAACUGCCGCGACUUGGAGGGACGCCACUCGACGCCUCUGCACUUCGCCGCUGGCUACAACCGCGUGGCCGUGGUGGAGUACCUGCUACACCACGGGGCUGAUGUCCAUGCCAAAGACAAGGGUGGUCUGGUCCCCCUACACAACGCCUGCUCCUACGGCCACUACGAGGUGGCUGAGCUACUGGUCAGACAUGGGGCGUCAGUCAACGUGGCAGACCUGUGGAAGUUCACCCCGCUGCACGAGGCUGCAGCCAAAGGCAAAUACGAGAUCUGCAAGCUUCUGCUCAAGCAUGGGGCAGACCCCACCAAGAAGAACCGGGAUGGGAACACGCCGCUGGACAUGGUGAAGGAGGGGGACACGGACAUCCAGGACCUGCUGAGGGGCGACGCCGCCUUGCUGGACGCGGCCAAAAAGGGCUGCCUGGCACGCGUGCAGAAGCUCUGCAGCCCUGAGAACAUCAACUGCAGGGACACGCAGGGACGCAAUUCCACACCCCUGCACCUCGCGGCUGGCUACAACAAUCUGGAAGUGGCCGAAUACCUCCUGGAACACGGCGCCGACGUCAACGCACAGGACAAAGGAGGGCUCAUCCCACUCCACAACGCUGCCUCCUAUGGGCACGUGGACAUCGCCGCUCUCCUAAUAAAGUACAGCACCUGUGUCAACGCCACGGACAAGUGGGCCUUCACCCCGCUCCACGAGGCGGCGCAGAAGGGCCGCACCCAGCUGUGCGCCCUGCUGCUGGCCCACGGAGCCGACCCCACCAUGAAGAACCAGGAGGGCCAGACGCCGCUCGACCUGGCCACGGCUGAUGACAUCAGAACCCUGCUGAUCGACGCCAUGCCCCCCGAUGCCCUGCCCAGCUGUUUCAAGCCCCAGGCCACGGUGGUCAGCGCAUCAGUCAUCUCACCCGCCUCCACGCCCUCCUGCCUGUCUGCGGCCAGCAGCAUCGACAACCUGGCCGGACCCCUGGCCGAGCUGACCACGUCAGGGGCCUCAGGGCCGGCCGACGGAGCCACGGGAUCAGAGAGGAAGGAGGGAGAGAUAGCGAUUCUGGACAUGAACAUCAGUCAGUUCCUCAAGAGUCUGGGACUGGAACACCUGCGGGACAUUUUUGAGAGGGAGCAGAUAACGCUGGAUGUGCUGGCAGAUAUGGGACACGAGGAGCUGAAGGAGAUUGGCAUUAAUGCCUAUGGCCACCGCCACAAGCUGAUCAAAGGCAUCGAGAGGCUGCUGGGAGGCCAACAAGGUGCCAACCCUUACCUGACAUUCCACUGUGCCAGCCAGGGCACGGUGCUCAUCGACCUGGCACCCGACGACAAGGAGUUCCAGUCCGUGGAGGAGGAGCUGCAGAGCACCAUCCGAGAGCACAGAGACGGGGGAAACGCAGGGGGGGUGUUCAACCGGUACAACAUCCUGAAAAUUCAGAAGGUGGUCAAUAAGAAGCUGAGAGAGAGAUACGCUCACCGACAAAAGGAGAUUGCAGAUGAGAACCACAACCACCACAACGAGCGCAUGCUCUUCCAUGGGUCUCCAUUUAUAAAUGCCAUCAUCCACAAAGGCUUUGACGAGAGACAUGCCUACAUUGGGGGAAUGUUUGGAGCCGGCAUCUACUUCGCCGAGAACUCCUCAAAGAGCAACCAGUAUGUGUACGGGAUCGGAGGUGGGACAGGGUGCCCCACCCACAAAGACCGGUCCUGUUAUAUUUGCCAUAGGCAGAUGCUGUUCUGUCGAGUGACUCUGGGGAAGUCCUUCCUGCAGUUCAGCGCCAUGAAGAUGGCACACGCACCCCCUGGGCACCACUCCGUCAUCGGGCGACCCAGCGUCAACGGCCUGGCCUACGCAGAAUACGUCAUUUACAGAGGGGAACAGGCCUACCCUGAGUACCUUAUCACAUACCAGAUUGUGAAACCUGAGAGCACGCCCCAGACCACAACCGGCGCCGAGCAGAAGUCUUAGUCCAGACUGACAGAAAACGGCCCGAUCUCGGCCAGCAGAACCGCAGAGACUGUUAUUGAACACUUCACACAUUCAGGGCCCAACUGGCUAUUAAGCUCCUCCUUUGUUUUUAUUUAAUUUUUUUUAUUUUUGAUUUUACAACUGUUCAGUUGUAAACCGCAGCCGAUUUCUCUUGUUACCAUUUUUCAUUUUGUUUCAGUUUCUUUUUCUCUCCUUCAUGAAAGUGU